AUGCCAUCCUCUCUAGAUGGUCACGGCAUCUUCGCCAUCAUCGUAUUCGCAGCAGUCUCGCUGAUCUGCAUUCAGCCUCUGCGCCUUCCGCUGCCUCAUCUUUUCCCUCGCUUGGCGAGGUCCAUGCACAGCAAGCUAUUCGGCGGUCAGGGUAAAGAAGAGCGACUGCACGGGCUCAGACCAGCUCCUUCAUUCUCGGAUCAGAUUGCUGCUGCGCGGCAGUCGGGCGAGGCGCCAUCUGACCCAAGUAGCCAGAAAGAGACACGAGAGCCCGAUGCUCGGUAUACGCCUCCCGCAACGCCAGCACAAGCUUCGGCUGCAGCUCCCAAACGCUCCUACCUGACCCUCAAUCAUGUCUGGACGCCAGCUCUCGGCAUACUGCUCUUGCUGGCCACAACGACGAUAGGUGGGGAGCAGGUACGAGCUGGAAUAGUCGGGGAAGAAGGCGUAGAGCCGUACGACGUGUUGGCGCUGUUCAUCUCUCUAGCAUACAUCGCCAUCAGUCUAGACGCUACCGGCCUCUUGCGCUACUUGGCCUUUCUAGUCUGCACCAAAGCCGGUUCCAAAGGAUUCAGAUUGUACCUCUUGCUGUACUUUUUCUUUUGGACAGCCGGCGUGCUGGUCGGCAACGAUCCGGUCAUCUUGAGCGGUACUGCUUUCCUAGUCUACUUUACUCGCGUAGCCGGAAUUGCUCCUCCUUCAGCUUGGAUCUGGUCGCAAUUCGUAGCUGCAAAUAUUUCCUCUGCCGUGCUGGUCUCCUCAAAUCCGACCAACUUGGUCAUCGCAACAGGGUUCGGAAUCGACUUUCCCACGUAUACGGCUUAUAUGGUGCUGCCGGCGCUAGCUUCGGCUCUUGCCGCUCUCGGAGCCAUGCUACUCUUCUUUCGCAACAAGCCCGGAAAGGCGGUAGCGAAGACAGAGCGUGCAUCACCAGCAGACAGCUCGGCUCUGUCUCGCGGGGGAGUCUCUGCCGUCGUUGGCUGGGCAAAAUCUCUCACGAGGAGAAGGAACAAGAGCAGCUUCAAGGCUGAUCUGGCGCCUUCUGACCGGAGCGCAGAGAACGGAAUGCAAGAAGAAACGCAGUCGUCGGAAAGGUCUCCUCCCAUCUUUUACAUUCCACCUACCAUCAUUGCUCCAGAUGUUGAUGCGCGUGCCGCCUUGGUGGACAGGAACGGCGCCAUAUUCAACACGAUUAUCAUGACUGCCACGCUCGGUACGCUGGUGGGUACGAGCGUCGCAGGAGGGGUGCACGUGUACAUGGUAGCUGUUCCUGGUGCAGUCGUCUGCUUUUUGAGAGAUUUGGCAUACGACUUUUUGACCUCGAGAAAGUUUCGCAAAGCGAAAGAGGCGACUCGUGCCAAUGCAGCCAGCAGUGAAAACGGCAUAGAGAUGACGGCAGUGUCGAGACCUGAGCCUGCAAGGACAGCCGAUUCCAUCGCUCUUCAAGAUGGGACGAUGUCUGUACAGCCGACACGCUUGGACAGUCCUGGCCAGGCUACGCCAUCACGAGGCACAAAACAAAAAAUUCCGCCCUUGGGACGUCUACUACUUCAUCUCGAAGCAGUAGCAGAGGCUUAUCCGACCGUGACGACCGUGCUCCGUCGUCUGCCUUGUUCUCUCUUGCCAUUCGCCUUUGGAAUGUUCAUCCUGGUUCAGGCACUUGCUCAUGUGGGCUUCAUUAACAUCAUGGCCGCCGGGCUCGGAAAGGUGUGUGCGCAUGGUAGCACAGCCACCGCCUUCUUCAUCUCUUUCCUUGGUGUCAUUCUUUGCAACUUUGGAGGCACAAAUAUCGGUGGGACGAUUCUUCUGACCAAAGCGCUCCAAACCGAUUCUUUUCGUUCCAAAUUACCAUUGCAGGACUCUGCCCUCAUCCUCAAGACCGGCAUCUAUUCGAUUGCUUUCGGUAGCAAUGUGGGAGCGCUGGGAGGCACCUUUGCAGCUAGUCUGGCCGGUCUGCUAUGGAGACAAGGUCUGCAACAAGGUGGUGUUCACGUCACGCAGAAACAAUUUGCUCUUUGGUGCGCCGUCGUCAUCGUGCCAGCUACCGUAGCUGGCGUGGCCGUCAUCUUGGCCGAGACGACGCAUUUCACGGUCGGCGAUUGA